CAAGGUAUUUAGUGUGUUCAGCUGGCUGUGACUAGGUGUACAGUUGUAGUGUUGAUUUGACACACCUGUCCUUGUUGUUGUUCGCUGGAUUUAGCACAACUGUCCUUAUAAAUACAGAUGUCACGGAUAACAAGACAACACAGUUUCUUUCUUUUCACUUUUAACAAGAAGGUUGUCGCGUGGAGGUAGAUUUCACCAAUAGACAUCACACACAACUAUUUAUAGUGACGUCGGGAGUCUAUAGAAUUUGUUGGUGUACGAGACGGAGUUGUAUCGGAGCAGUGGAGAUAAACCUUACCCAUGUGGAACUGAGUCUACUUAUUUACUAGUGUUUUAUACUCUAUAUUAAUCGUAACAAUGGAAUAUCAUUUCGUGGGCCCAGGAAGGGCAUGGAGUACCAACCUACUGAUAGCUAUUAUUCCCCUGGUUAUUGUCCUUGGCCAGGCUUCCCAAGUACAAGGAGUGAUGAACAGCCACACACCAAGUAAUGUAACAGUAGCGUACGCCUGCGAGGGAAGCACUCUCUACCUGUCCUGUAAACAAGGGGAGUUAAUCCGUGUCCUCCGCGCCAACUAUGGCCGCUUCAUACUGAAGAUGUGUAACCAGCACGGGACAACCUCAGGCUGGAAUCUACAAUGUGCCUCGCGGACAUCACAAAGAAUUGUGGCAGAAAGGUGUGAUGGCCGACCUCGUUGCAAUAUAACAGUGAACAACAGCGUGUUUGGUGACCCCUGUGUAGACACGAGUAAAUACUUGGAGGCUCACUACUACUGUGUGAGAACAGGUCCACCCACCACUAGCAGUACAUCAACUUCUACCCUAGCCACCACAACACCCAAACCUACUACUCCGACACCUAAACCGGUGACAAAGGAACUCACGACACCUUCAAAGACAACCUCUCCUUGGGGGGUAACAACACAUCCUACCCCCCAAGCCCCCUAUUGUACCUCUCCCAACAAUGGCACCAACCCCUAAUAUGACAAGGAACAGGUUCUACCCAGACUGAAGACGUGUUACGGUAAACAUGAGGAGGGGGUGUGGUGGCCCCCUAUCCGAGAGGGAGAGACUUUCGAACGGCCGUGCCCACAGGACAGAAUAGGUAUGAUGUCCUGGCAGUGUGGGAAAGGAGAAUGGAUAGGGGAACCCGAUCAGUCUAACUGUGUGUCCUCAUGGGUAAAAAAUGUAGAGGAUAUGAUGACACAAAACAGUGAUGCAGAAGAGACUGCAGAGAAGAUGCUGGAAAUGACAAAUCGUGGCAAAGCAAUUUGGGUUGGGGAUUUGAAGAAAACUGCCAAAACCCUUCUUCCCAACCUUAUUAAGUUGGUAAAGCGACAGACAGGUCAUCACUCCAAAAAACGCAAGAAGGAGACACUAAAAAGGCUUACAAAGAAUAUUGUGAAAACAGGAAGUAACUUGUUGUCAGAAGAGCACAGCAGUUCUUGGGAGAGAUUGAAUGCUGUUGAUCGAUCAGAAGUAGCCACAUCCUUGGUAACGGGGAUGGAGGAAACAGGCUUUGAGAUAGCAAGCACACUAUAUGUGGACGAGUCUAUAAUGCAAGCUGAUGAAAACAUAUUGAUGGAAGUCAAUGCUGUAGACGUCUCUAAGAAGUCAAUGAAGUUUCCAUCCAGGAGUGCAGGUGGAGUAUGGGCUGAGGAUGCUGACCAAGUUACCAUACCUAUAGACAGCCUCCAGGCCUCCCAUCAGGACGGUGUUGUGAGAAUUGUGUUUGUGGUCUAUCAACAUCUCAACGAGUGGAUGGUUAGUGAUUCUAACGCCCAGGACACAAAGACAGACACUAAAGGUUAUACGUCCGAUGGGGCGGACACACAGUUUGAGAUGGUUACCAAGGCACCAAGCAGAGUUGGACCAAUCAACUCCAAGAUUUUCUCUGCCUCUGUUAACAAUAAUACUCGGGAACCGACAGCUUUAACCCAGCCAAUCACCUUCACUCUGAAACACUUAAAGUCUCAAUCUGAGCAUGAACCUGUGUGUAGUUAUUGGGACAUCUACAACAAUAUGCCUGCCCACUGGUCAAGGUUAGGAUGUCAAGUCGUGUCCACCAAUAACACUCACACCACCUGUCAGUGUGACCACCUCACCAACUUCGCUGUCCUUAUGGACGUCACUGGAACGAAGUUGUCUCCUGAACAUGAGGUGUCACUACAAGCCAUCACAUUCAUCGGCUGUAUCAUUUCCAUCCUCUGUCUCUUCUUCAGUUUCUUCACUUUUUGCUUUUUCAAACAAUUACAGUGUGACAGGAAUACCAUACACAAAAAUCUGGUGCUCUCGCUCAUGUUGGCCGAACUUCUCUUCUUGGUGGGCAUAGGCAUGACCCAGAACCAUAUCGUGUGUGCAGUGAUUGCGGGCGUACUCCACUACCUUUUCCUGUGUGCGUUUGGCUGGAUGUGCCUGGAGGGUGUACAGCUUUACGUUAUGUUGAUAGAAGUUUUUGAACCUGGUCGUUCCCGCAGCAGGAUCUACUAUUUAUGUGGAUAUGGAAUACCAGCUAUCGUGGUAGGUGUGGCUGCAGGGGUCCAGCCCUCCGGAUAUGGAACAGACACACAUUGCUGGCUGAGGACAGACAAUGGCUUUAUCUGGAGUUUUGUAGGUCCUGUAGCUGCUGUCAUCACAUUGAAUAUCGUCAUGCUAAGUAUAGCUGUGUACAUGAUGUGUAAACAUGCUAAUACUCUGGCCUCAGCUCUCCGCACCAAGGAAAAAUCUCGUCUACAAAAAAUAAGCCAGGAUCCCAGCUCCUCGGGAAGUGGCAACUCCAUGCUGCGGGACUCGCAAGUCAAGAUCAAGUCUGAAGUACCGGCGUGGCUGAAGGGUGCUGCUGUCCUAGUGGUGCUGUUAGGACUGACUUGGGCAUUUGGAAUCCUUUACAUCAACAAAGAGUCGGUCGUCAUGGCGUACGUCUUUACAGUGCUGAACAGUCUCCAAGGACUCUUCAUCUUCAUCUUCCACUGCCUCCUUAACGAGAAGGUGAAGAAGGAGUACAAGAAGCUGGCGUACCGCUCAACAUGGCUACCAAGCUGUUUGAGGGACAUGUGUAUCGGCUAUUCUAGUUCAAGCUCUCACAACAACUCAUCCUCCAGCGGUGGGCACUUGCUGAAGUUUUGGAGUGGAAGAAGAAGAAGGAAGUCUUCAAACUCAACAUUAACAACACGAGGUCACCAAAACAAAAGGAAGAGUGACCAUCGCAGUGACCUAGAUAGCUACUCGAGUAGAGAGCAAACCAUCUACAGCCAUGGCGGCUCCGGUCGUCAUAGCAACAGGAAGCCAAAUGGCCACUCAAAUGGCCACAUCCCCCACCACAGAGAUAUGGAUGGCAUUGCAGGGGAUUUAUCAGUGGCCGACUGUUCUGUUAUUGACAGUGAAUAUGUUUCAGAAUAUUGUCACAACAACCUACAGGUUUCCAGGGAAACCCACCGAUAUUCCUCUGCAUCUGAAGAAACUGAUCACAUGAUUACUGAGGAACCAAUAGAAAAAGACAGACUCUCAGCCUUAUCAACAGAUUCUGCUCUGAAGUAUAACUCUGAAUUUGCUUCAUCUGCAGAUGGUAUUGAUGGGGACUAUAUGGAACCCAAUCACUACUCGGAGCCAAAUCACUACACAGAGGUGAUGAGUGUAGAGAAUCCGUACUCAGAAGUGCUUCCCUUGGACGAUGACCCACACCGGGAGAGUCAGUACGAAGAUACCCCUCUCAUGCAGUCCAUGUCUGAGGCAGAGCAGAACUUUAUCAAUGACAUUCUUAGUGGUCAGACAUCAGAUAGUCUGAACAAGAAACAUUCCAUGGAGGACAUGCGGUCAAGUUCUGACCGGCUUGAUCUUAGACUUGACCACAGCACACCCAAUGGUAAAUACAAACAUUCACCUAGUAACAACAAUUGCAUCAGUAUCAAUAUGGACAGUAGUCCGGACCGUCUGUGGAGCAGCUAGCCUUGGUGACGGCCAAUCAUUUAUAUAUCAAAGCAUAAUACAAUUGCCUAUGUGGUGUCGUGUUCCUCGAUUUAUUAGAGAUAAGACCUUAAAAAUAGGUCAGCGGACUCUAGACGAAUCAACUUUGGACUCAAAUGUUUGUGAAAUCUUUCUUGGAUCUUACCAGUAAUGUAAUCAAGACAGAGGUGUUCUAAACCUGGUCACAACUCAUAAUCAACAGGAAAUGUAUUAAUUUACCAAGGAUACACCAUAAACAAGGUCACAGGAACUGUUCAAGGUCAUAGCUAUGUACAGGCAACAAGACACAUGUUCACACAACAAAGGAGAAUUGUUUUUUACAUGUGAAUCAGCCUUUGUUAGUGGGUGUAUAUAUAUAUAUCUGCGCCUCCAUCAUGUGUGCGGAGAACUGCCGAGUGACAUAGAUAGUUAAUUUGUUACUAUAGAGAUUCUUUGCACAAUUUUGGGAUUUUAAUUUUGUAACCAAUAGAGUGAUUGUGUAUUCUGGUAGCUGUCACCAAGGUAACGGAGAACUGAGAUUUGUACAGAUUCCGGUUAUAUCUAGGAAUGGAAUGAUGUACAGAUUCCGGUUAUAUCUAGGAAUGGAAUGAUGUAACGUUUCAAGUGCAAUUUGGCUGGCCUGAGACGGGGGAUCCAAAUGUGACAGUCUUACAGUACGGUGCUAUAGUAAACUACAGAGUAAUCAUUAUUUUUGUAGGAAAACACUUCCAAAAUAUGUCAAUCAAAUGCACUUCAUAAUAUUAAUCGCAUUUAACUUUUUCUUUUUCUUUUGAAAGAGUAAUUUCAAA